AUGCAUGGAUCAAAGGAUGCUAAGAGCAGAGAUCAGUUCCAUUUCGCAAGGGAAUCAAACGAGGCAAUGCUGGUCAAGAAGUCGCUCAGACUCGAUUAUGAAUCCGGCGGCCAUUCCAUGGUGCUGAUGGCGCCUUAUAUGGUUGGUUGGACUAUUCCACCAGAGCUCAGGAGCGCUCUCCACACACGCGUCAACAUUCUAUUGGUUACGAACAAAAGAGACGUCAAUUAUAAUGGUAGACAAGGUGACAAUGGCAGUAGUAAUAAGGAUAAUUCACUCAAGGCUGAGAUCGUGCGCAUCUUGGCAGCCAACCUGGAUGCAAGAGCCAGGCCCCACUUUGUGUUCUCACCCAAGGAUCUUUCUAGAGGCAAAAAUUAUAUCUAUCAUAUCCAAAUUGAGAUGUAUGGAGGUGGAAAAAAGUUUAUUGGUCAUACACAUCGCUUCACGACACAGCUGCGAGCGUUUGCAAUGGAUCCUUGA